AUGACUAAAUUACGAUUUCUUUUUUUGCUGAUCGUUUAUUGUCUUUUUGGGGAGAGCUUGGUGAAUCCGAAAUGUUAUCCGAAAGCGAUUGGUGGUCGGUGUGGAUGGCUUGGAUUUGAUUGUGAUCCAACACUGGCAAAACAAAACUGUAUCCCGAUCUCAGCUGUUAGAAAUUGUGUACGAGAUUGUGCAAAUGGAUCAGAUGAAUUCUGUGGUGAAGCUGAAAUCCUCUGUGAUACUUAUCCAGCUCAAUGUGGGCGUUGUGUGGCACAAAAUGAUGUGCAACGAUCGUGUGCGGAUAGAAAAUAUGAACGAUUAUGUGAAGAGCCUGGUACGAUAAAAUGUGCACACACGAAGAAUUGCGUCUUUGCUAAAUGGCUUGUUGAUGGACAAGAUGAUUGUGGAGAUGGAAGUGAUGAGGAUCCAUGUGAACAGGGAUUAGUUGAUUGCAAUGGAGAACUUUUGACAUCGCGUAUCACUUUGACAACAACUUUUUCACCAACUUCAACAACUGUUCUCAAGUCGAACACGACGAAAUCCCCGCCGACAACCACUCCUCCUUCCAAUACUUCUCUUUCUAUUGAUGUCUCCAAGCCAUGUCCACCUGCGAAUUUUCGUUGCAACUCCGGGAAAUGCAUUCCCUAUUCAUCGAUUUUUGAUGGAACAAAUGAUUGCGGGGAUAAUAGUGAUGAAAAUUAUUGCACAGUGGAAGAGGACUCGUGUCCUCCACAUCGACCAUGUUCUUUUCAACCAGACGUCGGCUCUUUUGGCUGUGGUUGCCCACAUGGUUGGAAUCGAACAGAGGCGGGGAUGUGUUGGGAAAUGACGACGACGAGUGCGACUAGGAGAACCACUCCACCCACAACUCCUCCAGCAACCACAAUCAAACUUCAACCUAUCCAGGCUCUCAUUCAGCAUCGACCCAAUAAACCC